AAUGCUUUAUGAAUCUCGAAUAGACUUAAUUUUCCUUGCCGAACCCAAGAACAUUAUCUGGAAUAACAUUAGUUGGAAUGAUCCCCAGAACACCAAUCUGGCAACCCUGUUCCAGAGCCAUGUACAUCUGUGCGCCUCCAGUUUGCGCCUUUUGUCGGAUGUUUUGGGAAGCAAAAGUGAAUCCUGUUGGAUGAUUCCAGCUCAUGUGAUGGAGAUAAGGAGCACAUCUCAAAUCUUUUCUCUCUCAGGAAUGUGCUCUCGGAGGUGAAAAUUGAUGGUUAAUCCCGCAGAUUAAAAAUCCCCCGCAUGCGUUUUUCAUCCCAAAAAGUAAUGUAAUAAGAGCGCAAACUGGACAUUAGUGCUGAGAGAGAGAGAGAGAGAGAGAGAGAGAGAGAGAGAGAGAAGGAAGAGGCUGAGAUCCACACAUGGCUGCUCGGAUGGAAAAAGGACUUUGCCUGCUUUUCCUCACCACGGCGUUGUGCGCCGAGGUGGAAGAGCGAUUAAUUAACUACCUCCUUUCUCCCGAACGCUACAACAAGCUCAUACGACCUGCAGUGAACAAAAGCCAGCAGGUGACCAUCGCCAUCCAGGUGUCUCUAGCUCAGCUCAUCAGUGUGAAUGAAAGGGAACAGAUUAUGACCACCAACUGCUGGCUCUCUCAGGUGUGGAAUGAUUACAGAUUAACAUGGAACCCAAACGAGUACGAAGGGGUUGUGAAAGUCCGUCUUCCAUCACUGCACAUAUGGCUGCCAGACAUCGUCCUCUACAAUAAUGCUGAUGGGACAUACGAGGUCUCUUUCUACUCCAACGCUUUGGUUUCCAGCAAUGGUGAGGUUGCUUGGUUGCCCCCAGCCAUCUAUAAAAGUGCUUGCAAGAUCGAGGUGCGAAACUUUCCAUUCGACCAGCAAAACUGCACGCUGAAGUUCAGCUCGUGGACGUACGACCAUACAGAGAUCGACCUGGUCCUGCUCUCAGACUUCGCGAGCCGAGAUGACUUCAAACCCAGUGGCGAGUGGGACAUUGUGUCACUUCCUGCCCGCAAGAACGAAGACCCAGAUGACCUCACCUACCUGGAUGUCACUUACGACUUCAUUAUCAAGCGCAAGCCACUGUUCUACACCAUCAACCUGAUCGUUCCCUGCAUUCUAAUCUCCUCUUUGGCCAUCUUAGUUUUCUAUUUGCCUUCAGACUGUGGAGAGAAGAUGACCUUGUGUAUCUCAGUCCUCCUGGCUCUAACUGUUUUCCUCCUCCUCAUCUCCAAGAUUGUGCCUCCAACCUCGCUGGCUGUGCCGCUCAUCGGCAAGUAUCUGAUGUUCGCCAUGGUGCUGGUGACUUUCUCCAUCGUCACCAGCGUGUGCGUCUUGAACGUUCAUCACCGUUCUCCUAGCACACACACCAUGCCUCUAUGGGUCAGAGGCUUCUUCUUGCAUCGUCUGCCAGCUUUGCUGUUCAUGCGAAGGCCUGGCUCCUCCAAUAUCCACGAGAAAUUCAGACGUAAGCACAAACAUCGCUCGUUCUCCGAGAAGACCACUAAAAGAGAGCAGAAAGCACAGUCAGAUACAACGUUCUUUGUGAAUAAGAACUCCAAAACCCUGAACUGGAAAAUCAGAGACAUGCAGGACGACACAGAGAUCCGUAGACGUCUAGCGGUGAAGUGUUCGGGGGAAGUGGAGGAGGCCAUGGAGGGCGUGAGAUACAUCGCAGACAAGAUAAAGAGUGAGGAUGAUGAUGAAGCGAUCAUUGAGGACUGGAAAUAUGUGGCGAUGGUCAUAGACCGGCUUUUCCUCUGGAUUUUUGUGUUGGUUUGUGUUUCUGGAACUGUUGGUCUCUUCAUGCAGCCUCUGGUUAAGAGCUACAACACUCCAAUGGAUGACAACACAGAGUGACUGACCCACUUUUGCACACUCACACACACACACACACACACACACACACACACACACACACACACACAAACAAACCAGCUUGUCCUCACUCCCGAUUUAGAAACUGUGAAUGUGAGCUAAAGUAUAACUCACUCUUUAACCCUGCCUUACUGUUCACUACCUACUGUAGCACCAGACCCUGGUCUUGUGACCCCAAUGACCUCAGCUGUUUGGUUAGAAAUGAUAGCAAUACUGUUUCUGAGGGAGACCUCAACAUAAUAUCCUGAUAUAUUUUCUAUUAUAACAAACAUUACCGGUUCUUUAUCAGCAUGAUCUCACUGAUGCUGCGACAGAGAGAGAGAGAGAGAGAGAGAGAGAGAGAGAGAGAGAGAGAGAGAGAGAGAAAG